AUGAUGAAUUCCGAGCACUCGCCCGCCGACGACGAACAGAAGAGAAUCACCGCCGCAGCAGCCAAAUUCCGCCUCAUCAAAUGCUCCGUCUUCGCCUCCGCGGCCGUCCUCGUUCUAGCCACCGUCGCCGUGAUCCUAGCCUCGACCGUGUUCAGGCUCCGCGGCCCGAUCCUCCGGAUCGGAAACGUCACCGUCGGAAGCUCCCCGCGGCUGAUCAGCAACGUGACUCUGAUCGCCGACGUGUGGGUGAAGAAUCCGAACUUCGCGUCGAUCGACUACGGGAACGUGACGACGACGCUGUUCUACCACGGCGUGGCGGUCGGGGAGUCGCGCGCGCCGCCGGGGACGGUGAGGGCGCGGCGGUCGGAGGUGAUCAGCGCGACGGUGGUGAUCAUGGCGGAUCAGAUCAUGUCGCAGCCGGAUCUGGAUGCGGAUAUCGGGUCGGGUCUGGUGAAUGUGAGCAGCGACACGCGGGUUGGCGGGAAAAUCGAUUGGGCGAUUUUUGAGAAGCAUGUGACGAUGAGGAUGAGGUGCAAUGUGAGCAUCAACGUUACGAGCAGAGAGAUUCAGCACCAUAAAUGCAAAAGGAAGAUCAAACUUUAG